AUGCUGCACACCGAGGGCCACGCUCUUCUUCGGGCCGUGGGUCAGGGUAAGCUACGCUUGGCCCGUUUGCUUCUUGAGGGAGGCGCCUACGUGAAUGAGGGUGAUGCCCAAGGGGAGACUGCACUAAUGGCGGCCUGUCGGGCCCGCUACGACGACCCUCAGAACAAGGCACGCAUGAUACGCUACCUACUCGAGCAAGGCGCCGACCCCAACAUCGCAGACCGCCUAGGGCGCACGGCGCUCAUGCACGCUUGCGCCGGGGGUGGGGGCGCCGCGGUGGCCUCGCUGCUCCUUGCUCACGGCGCAGACCCCUCGGUCCGAGAUCACGCUGGCGCCUCGGCGCUUGUCCAUGCCCUGGACCGCGGGGACCGCGAGACCCUUGCCACUCUGCUGGACGCCUGCAAGGCCAAGGGCACGGAGGUCAUCAUCAUCACCACUGAUACCUCACCCUCGGGCACCAAGAAGACCCGGCAGUAUCUCAAUUCCCCACCGUCCCCGGGGGUAGAGGACCCUGCUCCCGCUCCUCCUAGCCCUGGGGUCUGCACAUCGCCUUCGGAAAUUCAACUGCAGACUGCAGGAGGAGGAGGGCGGGGGUUGUUAUCUCCUCGCGCCCAGGAAGAAGAAGAGAAGCGGGACGUAUUUGAAUUUCCUCUUCCUAAGGCCCCUGAAGACCCCUCUCCUUCUGAGCCGCUCCCCAAACCACCUCGUCACCCCCCAAAACCACUCAAAAGACUCAACUCCGAGCCCUGGGGCCUAGUGGCCCCUCCUCAGCCGGUUCCGCCCGCCGAAGGGAGGCCGGGGAUCGAGCGCUUGACAGCCGAAUUCAACGGCCUGUCCCUGACCGGUCGACCCCGUCUUUCUCGACGUCACAGCACUGAAGGCCCAGAGGGCCCGCCCCCAUGGGCGGAGAAAGUGACGGGCGGGGGUCCCCUCUCUCGCCGAAACACAGCGCCAGAGGCUCAGGAAUCUGGUCCCCCUUCAGGGCUGAGACAGAAACUGAGCCGCAUGGAGCCGGUGGAGCUCGAUAACCCCGGACAUCUUUGCCCUGACUCGCCAGAGUCCAGCCGCCUGUCCCUGGAACGCCGCCGAUACAGCGCCUCCCCGCUGACCCUCCCUCCAGCCGGCUCAGCUCCCUCUCCUCGCCAGUCCCAGGAGAGUCUGCCCGGGGCCGUAUCUCCGCUGAGCGGACGGAGGCGGAGUCCGGGGCUGCUGGAGCGGAGGGGCUCGGGGACGUUGCUACUGGACCACAUCUCGCAAACGCGGCCAGGUUUCCUGCCCCCGCUCAAUGUCAGUCCCCACCCUCCCAUCCCCGACAUUCGCCCUCAACCCGGAGGUCGGGCACCUUCGCUGCCUGCCCCUCCGCAUGCCGGGACGCCAGGCUCUCCCAGGACCAAGCGCAAGCUGGUGAGACGUCACUCCAUGCAGACUGAGCAGAUACGCCUGCUAGGGGGCUUCCAGAGUCUAGGCGGGCCAGGGGAGCCAGGGCGCUGA